AUGGCGAGCGUCGAUGUUGCUGCUCUCGGUGCCAUUCCCGCCAAUGGAGGGGCAACCGCCGCUUCACAUCCCUACACCUGCAACACCUGCUCUGUUGCGUACCGAAACAUCGACUUGCAAAGAGGUCACAUGAAGAGCGACUGGCAUCGAUACAACCUCAAGCGCAGAGUCGCCUCCCUUCCUCCCAUCUCCUCCGAAGUCUUCAACGAGAAGGUUCUACAGGCCCGCGCCGUUCAGACGGCCGAGGCAGAGAAGGCCUUGUUUGAGCGCAGCUGUGAUGCGUGCCAGAAGUCGUACUCGAGCGAGAAUGCGUACCAGAACCAUCUCACGAGCCAGAAGCACAAGGUCCGCGUCGCCGCCAUUGCUAGACGCAAGGGUGGCGUCGCCGAUGAUGCCAGCUCUGUCAUGAGCUCUACCUUCUCCCUCGGCGAGCCCAUCGCUGUCGACAAGGAGAACGAGUUGGAUUCCGAGGCCGAGGAGGAGUUCACCCAGGUUGUCGAGGGUCUCAAGAAGGCCAACAUUCAUGAGUCCCACGACGAGCGCCCAUCCCCCGUCAAGCGUCCCUCCAACCCCCAAUUAUCUGCUCAGGGCCAGCGUGCCAGCGAUGAAGCCUCCAUUAACCGCGAGUCCGACUCCACCACUCCCGUUCCGUCUAAGCCGGAGAUCGCCUGGAGCAUAAAGUCCUGCCUUUUCUGCAAUUACGAGUCACCCACUGUCCCACUCAACGCCAACCAUAUGGAGCGAUUCCACGACAUGUUCAUCCCCGAGAAGCAGUACCUGGUCGACCUUGAGGGUCUGCUGCAGCACCUUCAGGAGCGCAUCCAUGAGGGCCACCAGUGCUUGUACUGCUUCAAGACCAAGAAGACGGCAUUCGCCGUGCAGACCCACAUGCGUGACAAAGGACACUGCAAGAUCCCCUACGACACCGAGGAGGUCCAGCUGGAUAUUGGUGACUUCUACGAUUUCCGCAGCACUUACUCCGAUGGCGACGAGUCGGAGGACGACGAGGCUGAGCAGAAUGGCGGGGCCAAGCUGGGUCUGAAGCGUCCCACCAAGCUUGUUGGUGAAGACGGCGAAGAGGUCGAAGAUGGCGCGGAGGAUGGAUGGGAGACGGACAGUUCAGCCUCUUCUCUCGACUCGGCCGACUUGACGGCUUUCACUGCGGAUGGCCGCUACGAGCAGUUUGAGCGUCUGGACAAGCACCCUCACCAUGCUCGUGACGACCCCCGCAAUCACCACCAGGCGGAUGGCUGGCACUCUCAUGCCCACAAGCACACCCGUGCCGUCUUCUACGAUGAAUACGAGCUUCACCUGCCGUCUGGCAAGGCAGUCGGUCACCGCUCUCACAACCGGUACUUCAGACAGAAUCUCCACAACUACCCCACUGCCGAGGAACGUCAGGAGCGCCUGGCCAUCGAGGCAGGCUCGGGCGAUGAGAUGGAUGUCGAUGGCAGAGAGGUUGCCCCCACCGGUGACCGGAAGACUCGGAACCACCGUGCCGUGGCUCGUAGAGAUGCUGCGGGCAUGGCUGGUGCGACUGACAAGCAGAAGCGUGUCGUCAGACAGGAGGAGGUCAGAGGUCGCAGCAACGCUACCCGUCACCAGAAACGUUACGACUACGGAGUUAGCGUGAAGCUCAACAACCAGAAGAACUUUUACUACCGCUACCAGGCCGGUGGUUGA